GUACUGGUAGCUGCAUGAUAUCAUAUUUGUUGUCACCAUAUGCACAAAAAAACGUAGUCCGGUUGCGGCAGAGAGGAAAGCAGUAGCUUCUUUCUUGCAGAGUUCAUAUUAAUCAGCUAAUUAAAUAAAUUACUCUCUGCCGGCAUGUGUUCUCAGCUCGUGUUACUGGCUCUACUGCCAUUGAUUUUUGCUGCCGGCCCUCGGCCUAAGGUCCUUCUUGUCUCAAUGGACGGUUUUCGCUACGACUACCUCAAGAAAACAGAGACGCCAAACUUUGACCGUCUCGUCUCUCAAGGUGUGACCAUGCCCUUCAUGAACAACAGUUUUGUGACCAGCACAUUUCCUUGUCACUAUACCAUGGCCACAGGUCUCUACUCCGAAGUUCAUGGAAUCGUUGCCAACCGAAUGUAUGACCCCGAGUUCAACAGUUUUUUUGGCCAAUCAAACAAGGAGUCUCGCUGGUGGGAAGGGGGAGAACCCAUCUGGAUAACAGCAAAGAAAGCGGGUCUCAAAACAGGGGUUUACUUCUGGCCUGGCAGCGAGUCUCCCAUCCACGGAGAAAUGGCUGACAGAUGGAUGCCGUACAAUUCAUCGGUGCCGUUUGAAGAGCGGGUGGAGGCUGUCGUGUCGUGGAUGGCGAGGGACGAUUACGACUUGACCCUGGUCUAUUUCUCGGAGCCAGACGAGAGUGGACACAGACACGGGCCGGAGAGUCCGGCAAUGGUGCCAGUCAUACAAAGAAUGGACGCCAUUGUUGGUUUGAUAGUCCAGAAGUUGAACGACACUGGGUUAGAGGACAAAGUGAAUGUGAUUAUAACAAGCGACCACGGCAUGACGGCAGUGGAUUUAAAAAACCGGAUCAUUGAUUUAAGCCACUAUCUGAAUGACUCACUGCUGCAGUUUGUGGUAGACGAAGGCGCAUCGUCUCACAUCCUCCCCAAACCUGGCAAAAACUCUCAACUUGUGGCGGCCCUCAGUGGCGUCCCGCACAUGCGGGUGAUGUUGAAGGAGAACAUACCUGACCGCUUCCACCUGAAACACAACAGGAGGGUCAUGCCGGUGUUUGCUUACGCUGAUGAGGGGUGGACUAUCUCUGCUAAUGCAACAAAACGUCAAAGUGAAGUCUACAAUGGCGGACACGGCUAUGACAAUGAGUUACCUCACAUGAAACCAAUAUUCAUCGCUAAGGGGCCAGCAUUCAGAUCUAAUCAAACAGUGGAGCCGAUACAAUCUGUGGAUAUAUAUCCAUUAAUCUGCCACAUAUUAAAGAUAAAUCCGUCGCCUAACAACGGGAGCCUAGAUAGAGCCUCCCGACUUCUGAACCUUGAGACUAAGAGGUCAAGUUCCAAUGACAUGGCCUUGACCGUGGCUCAGUCUACAGUUUUCAUCCUAUCCUUUUUAGCUUACAUUUUCUAAAGCUAGACGUGUCAUUCUUUUGUAACGUAUCAUUCAAGAUGCUUUUUGAACGGUUUGAGUUGAUCAAAUAAAAAAUAAAUAC